UCUAAAUCACGGUGUUACGUAGGAAUCAUUGUUGCAAUUACCAACAUUUUCAUCUAUUAUUCUGCUCUAUUAUCAUCUUCAUGAGCGAAGAACUUAUUGCCCGUUGUGGAAAUGUAUCUUGUGAAGUGCAACGAGAUGCAUAUCGUAUUUUUUGUGUAUUUGUGUUCUUGUGGGGUGUAUUUGUCGCAAGGAGCUCCUCCUGAAAUUAUGGACCGAAUCCUUCAUGGUAGAGACUCAGAUAUAAAGUACCACCCUUAUCAAGUCGCCUUGGUCACUACGAACGGCAAGCACAGAAAAAUUUUGUGUGGAGGAGCCUUGAUCAAACCCAAAAUCGUCUUCACGGCUGCACAUUGCACACACGUAGACGAAAACACGGUAAGGCCAAACUUGACGGUCUUGAUCGGAGCAAAUUCCCUCUUCGAUCCUAAGGGUACUUCACACGAGAUACACAAGGUGCUGAAACAUCCCGAGUUCAAGUUCGACAUGUUCGAUAACGAUUUCUCUGCAGUAAUCCUGAAGAAACCCGCGGUUUACAGCGAUAGGGUUCAACCCAUCAAGAUUUCAGAGGAGGAUCAUCCUGGAGGAAUCAAAGGUGUGGUGUCUGGUUGGGGUUUGACGGAACGGGGAAGACCCUCGGUCAGUUUGAAAUCUGUCAAGUUGGUACUCGAGGACUGGGAUAAGUGCCAAGAUCAUUUCCCAAGACCGGUGCAUCCCAAAAUAACCAAAAAUCACAUUUGCAUCAAACCCAGCGAAAAAACAACGACCUAUGGCGAUUCUGGAAGUCCUUUAGUGGUAGAUGGAAAGCUGGUAGGUUUGGUUUCGUUUGGAAGGAUGGUAGACAGCAAAAGAAAAGCCACAGUUUUUACGAGGGUUAAGAGUUAUUCAGAUUUCGUAAGAGAUGGGGUUGAUAAGUAUUUUUAGAAAUAAAUUGGUGUAAUUUUU